AUGGAGCAUGCUAACAGGCUAACACAUCUGUCCCAGGUGCUGCAGCCCAGCCACAAGACUGUACGGCCGGCCAAGCCCCGCCCAGCGCUGGUGGAGACAGAGUACCAACGGAACUUCAAAGGUUCCCCCCCGCCGCGAGCCCCACGGUACCGCCGGACCCUGGAGCACGGGGAGGCCACGCUGUUCCAACCGGAGAACGUUCCCCCUGAGGAGCCGGCCAAGAGCAAGAGGAAGAAGAGAAGGGAAGAGAAGGAGAGGAAGGGCAGCCCCCAACAGGAAGUUGCAGCUAUGGUGAACGAGAGUCCGCAACAGGAAGUGAGGUCACUCUCCCCUCAGAAGCUUGUUCCUUCCCAUGCAGCGUUGAGGAAGGUGAGGUCAGAGUACGACUCCAACUUCCGCUCUCCGCUCUGCUACAGAUACCAGGGUGGAGUCUGGGUAAAGGCUGCCACUGCAGGAGAGGAGGGGGGGAACUGGGACCCUAGUAACAUGUGGUUCCAAGAGGUGUGGGAGUUGAGGAACAAGGCCGAGGCCUACAGGAGGAGAGCUUGGGGUACCCACUUCUCACGCCUCCACCUGAACCAGAUCCUGUCAGAGCAGACCCACCUGUGGGAGCCCUCCACCUCCACCUCCUCCUCUCUCAGCCACACCAUCGAGGCCCUGGACCUGGCCAGGGAAGAGGGCAGACUAGCCACCCCUCAGAUGAAGAUCAGGCCCAAGCAGAGAACACAUCAUGACAGGACCACCCCUGCUACCGGUGGUGCUCUCCUGGUGUCCCCCCCCAGACAGAAGAGGGGUGUGUCUGAGAGUGACCCCCCCCUGGGGGAACCCCUCUCCCCCUGCAGGCACAUGGCUGUCACGACACCCCAGAAACACCCCCACCAGGCUGGAAGCCCCCCUGGGGGGCCCUCAGCAGCUGGGGUGGCCACUGUGGACCCCCUCCCCCUCAGAGAGGAGACCUGCUCUAGGCAGAGCCCCCCCCAGAGCCUCCCCCAGGAGCCCCCAGCCUCCAGACCCCCCAAGAAGGCAGCCACCAGCCUGCGACCACCCUUACCCGGGCCCCCUCCGGCCAACCGUAUCCAGGGAACUCUAAGGAACCCAGAAUUCCAGCACAAUGGUAAUCUGGGAGUGAGGAUGUCUGAGGUGGUGCUGGGGAGGCCAGGAGCAGCGACAUCAGAGGAAGACGACCGCAUGUCGGAGAUGUCCUGGCGUUCUGCAGGCUCCUGCGCCAUGGCGACGGCGGUGCUGGAGCGCGCUCAGAAGAGACGAGAGGAGUUCUGGGGGAAGUGAUGACCUCCUUUGACCUCCGACCUCUAGCUGACCUCUUCCUGUUUCCCCUUUAGGGGUUAAGAUGUUAUGAACUUCACCCUGGAUGUCAAAGUUCAGUACUGACCCAGCCAUGACCCUACAACACACACAAAUACAUACUGUACACACACACACACACACACAUAUGCACAAACACAUAUGCACACACACACACACACACAGGAAGUCAGGCCUGGUGCUAUUUCUAACAUGUGAUGUUAAAUGAAGAGACUUUGAUUCAAGACGUGUGUGAGAAUCGUCUUGAUAGGGUUUCUUUUUAUAUUUAUUUUGAGGAAUUUCGUUUUAUACAUCAUAAAAUACAUUUGAUUGAAAAACGAUCUGUCGGUAUCCACUGACUGGUAAGAGCUGAGAGGUUAACUACGUCAACAGUCAAACUAGCUUCCUGUACCUCUCACCCCCUCUCUCCAUCUCUCCUCUCACCCCCUCCCUCCAUCCCUCCUCUCACCCCCUCUCUCCAUCC